UGUGGUUGGCUCCGGGUUGUGCAAUUUCCUUUUCUAAAAAAGCAGCUUGAACCGGCUGUGCUGUUUCCUUUAUUUGGGGAAUGAAACUAACCUGCAGGGCCAGUGCCUGUGUGCAGAGGGGCCAUGGCUGCUGGGGACCUGGCUGGGAGCUUCCAGGAUGAGGUGACGUGUCCCAUCUGCCUGGAGUAUUUCACGGAUCCAGUGAUUACAGACUGUGGGCACAACUUCUGCCGGGCCUGCCUCAGCUGGUGCUGGAGGGAGUUAGAGCCCAAGUUCUCCUGCCCCCAGUGCAGAGAGACCAUCCUGCGGAGACAUCUACGGCCCAACCGCCAGCUGGGGAACCUGGUGGAGCUGGUGAAACGCCUGCGGCUCCCAGCAGGGCCAGGGCCUGAGGGGCAGCCAGGGUGCGAGAGGCACCAGGAGGCCCUGAAGCUCUUCUGCCAGGAGGAUCAAGCCCCCAUCUGCGUGAUCUGCAGAGAGUCCCGGGAGCACCGCGCACACACAGCAGUGCCCAUCGAGGAGGCUGCCCAGGAGUACAAGGAGAAACUUCAGAGGGCCCUGGGCCCACUCAGGGAGCAGCUGGAGGAGGCCCUGGUGCUGAGAAUUGAUGAGGAGGAGAAAACCACAGAGUGGCAGGUGGGUGUCUGGGUUUAUCUCCCUGAGCCCUUCCCCCGGCAGCGCUCCCAGGGCUGGGGCAUGAACCCAGUGGGCACCAUGUCCAUUCUGGUCCCCCUGCCUGUUAAAGCAAGAUCCCUGCUGAAGGAGAAACUUCAGAGGGCCCUGGGCCCACUCAGGGAGCAGCUGGAGGAGGCCCUGGUGCUGAGAAUUGAUGAGGAGGAGAAAACCACAGAGUGGCAGCUCUUGAAGGAUGCGAAAAGCACAUUGAGCAGGAGUGAAAACAUGAAACUCCAGGAACCCGAAGCCGCUUGCACCGACCUGCAGUGCGGGUAUAAAAUUUGUCUUGAUUUGAGGGAAGCUCUGAACAGAUUUGCAGUGAACGUGACACUGGAUCCAAGCACGGCAAAUCCCUGGCUCGUCCUGUCUGCAGAUCGGAAACGUGUGAGAUGUGGAGACACGUACCAGGCUCUGCCCAGCACCCCUGAGAGAUUUAAGAACUAUCCCACUGUCCUGGGCGCUGAGGGGUUCGCGGGCGGGAGGUGUUACUGGGAGGUGGAGGUGGGGGACAAGCCUGAGUGGAACCUGGGGGUUUGCAGGGAAUCAGUGAGCAGGAAGGAGGAGAACACACUCUCACCUGAGGAUGGAUACUGGGUUGUAUGUCAGAGUGAGGGGGAAUACCUGGCUUGCACCUCCCCCUCAACUCCCCUCCCCAUGAGUUCCAGGCCCAGCCGGGUGGGGAUUUUCCUGGACUACGAGGCGGGCGAGGUCUCGUUUUACAAUGUGACUGACAGGUCCCAUCUCUUCACCUUCACUGACACCUUCUCCGGGACGCUCCGCCCGUAUUUCUAUCCUGGCCUCUACGCUGGGGGCACGAACACAGAUCCCCUGACAAUCUGCCUGGUGCCAGCCCAGGACGGAGGGAAUCCCAGCUCAGUCAGUGGAGGCAGCAGGGAGGAAUGAGCUAGUGGAGAGAGGAGAGUGGUUAGCCCAGCUGGGCUGUGGCAGCAAGGAGAGAUGAGGAGUGUUAUCCCCACCCCUGUAGGGCUGGAAACACUCACAUCGCUCCUGCUGCUAGUGCUCACCCUGCUCUGCUAACACUGCCUGCCUGCUGAGCUCAG